AUGAAACCCGUCGACAUUGAAAGUGAAAAUUUUCUUUAUCACCAUCAUGUCUUGCGCUGCAAGUCGUCCGAUCCUGAUCCUUUUUUGCAAGCCAGCUGUAGGCGGAAAUCUGUCGCUCAGCUGUUCUAUGCCUCUCAUUCCUUGUGUGAUGCAAGCGGUGUUACUCAGAUUUUGCGAAAGCAAAUGAAUUCUUAUCAUGCCUUAGUUGACGACAGAGCUGAAAAAUCUGUCAACAACUAUGCUGAUGGAGCACUUCAUGUUGCUUCAAUCGGGAGCAAAAAUGAUUCAACUAAAUGGAAAAGUGGAUUGAGAAGUAACCGACCAGUAGCUGCUAUCAGACAAAAAUUAAUGGAAUGUCCAGGCCAAUGUUCUUAUUUUGAAGUUCUGGAGCAAGAUCUGAAGACGCAGGCCAAUGCCCCUACCUUAGACAAACACAAGGAAACAAAUCAGCGUGUUGGGAAUUUUGUUCCGAAAAUUGCUGGUCCUUCUAAACUGCAAAGGGAGCAAAGUCAGAGAGAAACAUCAGCUAAUAGUUUUCAACAAAGCAGAGCUGGCAGUGCACCCUUAUUUCGUGGUAGUUCCUUUGAUUCAACAUCUGAUGUUGAAGGAGGUAAUAAUUCCACCUUCUGGCAAGGCCACCAUACCAAAUCUGUAGGCCAUGGCAAUGGAGGACCUGUGCACAUUGGCUCAAAUGAGUAUGAUAAAGACAGUUUUGGAAGAAAAAGUUCUGUGCAAUCUAGUAUGUUGAACCGAAAUUUAAACAAUUUUGGAUCAAGAGUAGAUGGCAAUCACAUAAGCAAUGUUCAAGUUCCUGGUUCAGGGCCUCAGUGUGGUGGUGUAAAUAAUAGAUUUAUGGUUGGUGGAAAUGAGGGGAUCCCAACACAAACCAUGGGCAACAGCUUUGGGAGAGGAGCAAGUUCCAACAACUUUGGAAGUGGUUUCAACAGAAAUGUGACACAGAAUGGACAGAAAAACAAUCAAAACACACAAGCAGAAUCUGGAAUGUCUUCAGUUCAAGCCCGAAUAUUUAAAACAGCAAGAGAUGAACUGACAAUUCAGAAUCAGAAGAAAUAUGGUAGCAGAGGAGGGGGUAACAAUGGAUAUGCUAUGGGAAGAGGUGCAGUAGGUGGUCAGAAGAGGUCUCUAGGGACACGUCGAGCAGGAGUUCAUGGGCAAUUUGUUCCUCCUAUUAAGCCUACUGAUGAGGAUGAUUUUGGUGGAAUGUUUGGUGUAAAACAACCUACUAUGGAAGGAGAAGUAGAAGAAGAAAUUGAUGAGCGUCUUAAAAACAUUGACCCUAAAAUGAUAGAGACAAUUCGUAAUGAAAUCAUGGACAUUGGUGCUCCUGUAGAAUGGGAUGAUAUUGCUGGCCUUGACUUUGCUAAGAAGACGAUCCAGGAAAUUGUGGUUUGGCCACUCUUACGACCAGACAUAUUCACUGGCUUAAGGAAGCCUCCUAAAGGUCUACUGUUGUUUGGACCACCAGGAACUGGAAAAACUUUAAUUGGAAAGUGUAUAGCUUCUCAAUCUCAGUCCACCUUUUUCAGUAUAAGUGCAUCAUCUUUAACAUCUAAAUGGAUUGGAGAUGGUGAAAAGAUGGUCCGCGCAUUGUUUGCUGUUGCCAAAGUUCACCAGCCCUCUGUGGUGUUUAUUGAUGAAAUAGACUCACUUCUAACCCAACGAAGUGACACUGAGCAUGAGAGUUCUAGGCGAAUUAAGACUGAAUUUCUUGUCCAGCUUGAUGGAGCGGGCACGGGAGAUGAAGAACGAAUUUUAGUUGUCGGUGCAACAAAUAGACCCCAGGAAUUAGAUGAAGCAGCACGACGCAGAUUAGUAAAACGACUGUACAUUCCCCUUCCAGAAUUUCUGGCAAGAAAACAAAUUGUGGAGAGACUCAUGUCAAAGGAACGUAGUGUUUUAACUGCUAAAGAAAUUGAUGAUAUUGCCUCCUUAACUGAUGGGUAUUCUGGUGCUGAUAUGAAGAACCUCUGUCAAGAAGCAUCCCUUGGUCCAAUAAGAUCCAUAUCUUUUUCAGCAAUGCACCAGAUCACAGCAGACCAGGUUCGCCCUAUAGCACUUGAUGAUUUCAAAGCAGCUCUUCAGAGAGUGAGAGCAAGUGUGUCAAAUAAAGACUUAGAUGCUUAUGUUCAAUGGGAUAAAACAUAUGGAAUGGGAAGUGGGAUGUAAAACUUUCCAAUGUAAUGUCUUCCACAAGAGUUUACUCAUUGGUUCACAUUUUAUAACCAUAGCCGAAGGGUUUUAUUUGGAAGGAGUGGUACGCUCUUCUGUUAUUUUUUGUAGAAAAAAUAUUUUAUCUUUAUUGCAACAAUCAUUACACAAUUAUAUCAGUUUGACAAUCAGUCUUUCCUGUUUUGGUUCUAAGACAAGUUAAGAGUCUGUUUUAUUUUUUAGUUUGUCACAAUCUGGUUGAUUUAGUGGAUUGGCUGCAUAAAAAGCAGGAUGAUGUACUAGCUCAUUGUUAAUUCUCAGAAUUGUUGGGUAUUGCUCAAGGUCAACUUUGUACCUGGAGAAAAAUGAAUUGAAUGAAAUGAGCUUAAUGUUAAUGAGUUAAUGACAGUUGCUUGUGAAGUACAGUAAUCCAAAAGGACUUA